CUUGACCAACGGUGGUAUCAGAAUCUGUGAAGCUCUCCUGGCGUCAACGGUGGCGUCAAAGCUAAACCUCGAAGUUUGCUGAGUCGCCAGAAUCUGAAGCAACAGUGAGAGAGAGAGAGAGAGGCACCUAUGUUGUGCUAGGACCAUAGCAUCAGGUGUCAGAGACACGAAUACUCACUGAAUCGAAUUUUGUUAAAUGAAGAGAACCACCAAUUUGCUCCAGAAACCUUCCUUCUCUUUGUCUUUCCGCUACCCUUUUUGUUCUGCUACCCAACCUGUUCAGCCUGUGUAUGACCUCAACAACUGCAUAGCCUCAUUGAAAGCAUGUGCUCUCAACAAGAGCCUCACAAAAGGAAAACAAAUCCACGCCUAUAUUCUCAGAAAUGGCUUCCUUUGGGCUCCUCACAUAACCAGCCUCGCUCCUCAGUCCAUAACCAGCCUUAUCAACAUGUACUCCAAGUGCAAUCGAAUGGGUCACGCUGUUUCUACCUUUUACUGUGAGUUCCAUUAUCACAAUCUGUUUGCUUACAAUGCAAUCAUUGCUGGGUUCUCUGCAAAUGGUUUGGCAAGAAAUGCAUUUGAAUUUUAUAAUAGAAUGCGGUUGACUGGCAUCCUGCCAGAUGCGUUUACGUUUCCGUGUAUGAUCAAGGCUUGUAGUGGCGUGCUGGAGGUUAUGAAGAUUCAUUCCUUGGUGGUUAAACUUGGGUUGGACUUGGAUAUAUAUGUUGGUAGUGCUUUGGUGAAUACAUAUUUGAAAUUUCUGUUUGUAAAGGAGGCACAGACAGUGUUUGAGGAGUUGCCUUAUAAAGAUGUUGUGCUCUGGAAUGCAAUGGUUAAUGGGUUUGCACAGAUUGGACGUUUUGAUGAGGCUUUGAUUGUCUUUAGGAUAAUGGGUGAGGAAGGGGUGAUGCCCAGUAGAUUUACAGUAACUAUGGUCCUGCCGAUCUUCGCCAUCAUGGGAGAUUUUGACCAUGGGAGAGCAAUGCAUGCAUUUGCAUUGAAAAUGGGUUGUGAUUCACAUCGUGAGGUUUCAAAUGCAUUAAUCGACAUGUAUGGAAAAUGCAAGUUUACAGAAGACGCAUUGGAAAUUUUUGACAUGAUGAUUGAGAAGGAUAUAUAUUCUUGGAACUCAAUUAUAGCAGUGCAUGAACAUUGUUAUUAUCAUGAGGCCACUCUCCAGCUGUUCAGCAGAAUGUUAGGUGCUGGGAUUCUACCCGAUAUAGUGACCUUAACAAUAGUUGUUCCAGCUUGCGCUCAUCUAGCAGUGUUGAUGUAUGGUAGAGAAAUUCAUGGUUUUAUGAUUAAAAAUUGGAUAGGAAAGGGGGAUGUGCAAAUGACCAAUGCAAUCAUGCACAUGUACUCUAAAUGUGGGAGCAUGAGAAAUGCUUUGAGGAUUUUCGAUCAGAUGAGAAAUAAGGAUGUAGCUUCAUGGAAUAUCAUGAUCACAGGUUAUGGCAUGCACGGAAAUGCUAAUGAGGCAUUAGAUAUGUUCUCUCGCAUGUGUGAAGCACAGAUUGAGGUUGAUGAGAUAACAAUGGUAGGGGUGUUGUCUGCAUGCAGCCAUGCAGGGUUAGUGAGUGAAGGGCGUGAAUUAUUGAGACAGAUGAGCUCAAAAUAUAGAGUUACUCCAACCAUUGGGCAUUAUACAUGUGUGGUUGACAUGCUUGGUCGAGCUGGACAUGUAGAGGAGGCAUUUGAAUUGUUGCAAAACAUGCCUGUUCAGGCCAAUCCUGUGGUAUGGAGGGCAUUGUUAGGAGCAUGUCGACUUCAUAGGAAUACGGACAUUGCAAAAGUUGCUGCACAGAAGCUUAUGGGACUUGACCCAGUGGGUUCUGGUAAUUAUGUGUUAACGUCCAAUAUUCUCGUAGAUACUGGUGAAUUUGAAGAGGUAACAGAAGUUAGACAUAAAAUGAAGGAACAUAAUGUCCAGAAGGCACCAGGCUGUAGCUGGACUGAGUUGAAGGAUGGGGUGCAUGCUUUUAUUAACGGUGAUAGGGCCCAUCCUAAAGCCAACCUUAUCUAUGCUCAAUUAGACUCAUUGACAGCCCGACUUCGUGAGCAUGGAUAUGUGAUGCAGCUGUAGAACUUGGUUCCUGUUGAACUCAGCAUGGUAGUUCUCAACUGAAGAUUUUUCCUUUUAAGACAAUUGACUUUCCAAAGACAUAGGCAAUUCCUAGGACAAAUGAAUCACUUUCCUCAAAUAAUCAUAUUUGCUUUAGCUGUUGUGUAUUUAGAAUUACUUUUCUUUCCUUUAAAUAUGAGCUUAAAUGAAUUUUGUUUUUUCUAGUU